UGCGGUUAUGAUCGUUACCUGCAGCCACACGAAGCGAAUGUUAAGUGAGGUAGAUUUGCAACGAAAGUAUGGCUGUGGUUGUGCGAAAUUUUCUUCGUAAUGAUUUUAUACGAAUUUCCAAUACAUACAGAACGCAGAAGUUACAAUUUUCAAGUAUUCCAAGGUUUUCAAGUGGAUCAAAGAAGUUUAUAGCUGCAACAGGAGUUGCAUUUACUGGAGCUGCAGGAAUAAUAUAUGUUUUAAGUGACAGUGUGAAAGCUGGAGAGCCUGUAGUCCAUCCACCUAAGCACCCUUGGAGCCAUAAUGGACUUCUUAGUUCUCUUGAUCAUGCAAGUAUAAGGCGCGGCUAUGAAGUAUACAAACAAGUUUGUGCAGCAUGCCAUAGCAUGCAAUAUAUGCGUUAUCGGGAACUGAUAAAUGUAUCUCAUACUGAAGAAGAAGCAAAGGUUGAAGCUGAAGAGAUUAUGGUACUAGAUGGACCUAAUGAUGAAGGUGAAAUGUUUAAGAGGCCAGGAAAGCUCUAUGACAAUUUUCCGAGCCCUUAUGCUAAUGAAGGACAAGCAAGAGCUGCAAAUAAUGGAGCAUAUCCUCCAGAUCUAACGUAUAUCACUAGUGCUCGGCAUGGAGGAGAAGAUUAUGUAUUCUCGCUUCUUACGGGAUAUUGUGAUCCUCCUGCUGGAAUAGAAAUGAGAGAGGGUCUGUACUAUAAUCCAUACUUUCCAGGAGGUGCAAUAGGAAUGGCUCAGGCAUUAUAUAAUGAAAUUAUCGAAUAUUCAGAUGGAACUCCUGCUACACUUAGCCAACUGGCUAAGGAUGUCUGUACAUUUUUAAAAUGGGCUGCUGAACCUGAGCAUGAUACCAGGAAGAGAAUGUUUAUCAAAGUGAUGUUUGUACUAUCGCUUCUUACGGGUGUAGCCUUUAACUAUAAGCGACUAAAGUGGAGUAUACUGAAAAGCCGAAAAAUUGUUUUCAAACAAAAACAAUAAAAAAAAGUAUAUAUACUGUUUUCAAUUGAUAUGCAAACUACUGAACUAUUGAUUUGACACAGAAAUCAGAAUCACCAAUUUCUCCAUUAGAAUAAAAGGAAAAAUGAUCCUGUAGAUAUCAUUAAAAGAAAUCUUAUAAUAAAAAUUGGAUUUUAAUUUCA